CUGCCGGGCCAGGUAACUUGGCUGGGCCUUCCGGUCCUCCCUCGGCUCUGCCCAACCCAGGAGUAGCGGUCUGGGAGUGGCAGGACGAGCUUGGCCGGUGGCGGCCGUACCGGAGCGGCGUGUGCAGCUUCAUCGAGCAGUCAUUCCAGGCCCUGCUGAUGAAGGGGCGCCGGCUGUCAGGGACCUGGCCUGUAAACGGCAGCAUCUCCUUGGGACAGGCGGACGCCUCCUUGGCCCCGUACAUCAUCGACAUUCAGAGCCUGACACAGUUCCGGCAGGACACAGGGACCAUGCGGGCCGUGCAUCGGCACGUCUUCCAGCUGGACUCUGCGGCCGGGCAGGGUGUUGUCUGGGAGUGGCAGAACGACGAAGGAGGCUGGUUCCCCUAUGAGAUGAACGUCUGCGUCUACUUGGAGCAAGCCUUCUCCUUCAGUUACCCCCAGGUGGAUCUUGGGCCCUUUGGCUAUAACUACACCAUUGACUUUAUGACGCAGACCCAGAACAACAAGACCACCGGCUACCAGCGCAGGAUCCGGCGGCGUGUAGACUCACCGUACCCGGUAGCCGCGACCGCGGGGCCCGCUCACGCCGGGGCCACCUGCUCAUGCCAACAGUGCCUGUUGAAUAGUGGGUCCGGACCCAUUACCACACGUUAUCGGCACUCCAUGGUGAAUCUCCCAGGGUCUUCGGCCGGAGUGCAGGGGGCCGGCAGGACUGCUGGGUUCGGGUCUUCUCUCCCGGGCUUCCUGCCUUAUAACAAACCGACCAUGUCUGGAGCAAGGUCUAUGCCGAGGCUGAACGCGCACAGCGCAGGGGCGGCGCUUCAGCCAGCAGCUGUCAGUGGGCCGAACCCUGCUCACGUUGCCACACCCAAAGGAGUUAGUGUACCAAAACUACCUGUGACCAUGACGAGGCCCAGCAAAGUGAGCCAAGCUCUGGCAGGUGUCUCCAGCAGCCCUGAGGAGGUGGUGCAAAAGUACUUGGAGGAGCUGAAGGUGCCCCCUGCUGAUGAGGACUGCAUCAUCUGCAUGGAAAAAUUGGCCGCACCUUCUGGCUACAGCGACGCGAGCGACUGCCAGACAAUCAAGCCCGAGAGUGUGGGGAGGCUCGUCAAGUGCGGCCAUGCUUUCCACCUGCUCUGCCUGCUUGCCAUGUACACCAGCGGGAACAAGGACGGCAGCCUUCAGUGCCCAUCUUGUAAGGCCAUCUAUGGGGAGAAGACGGGCACUCAACCCAACGGGAGGAUGGACGUUUCCAAACUCCCCGACUCUCUCCCAGGCUACGAGGGCUGUGGCUCUAUACAGAUCGCGUACUACAUCAACAAAGGCGUCCAGGGGCCGGAGCAUCCGAACCCGGGCAUGCCAUACACAGCAAGGGGCUUCCCACGUUACUGCUACCUGCCUGAUAACGCAAAAGGGAAAAAGGUGCUGGAGCUCCUCAAGAUGGCUUGGAAGAGGCGCUUGAUCUUCACAAUUGGGACGUCCAGCACGACGGGGGAGAGCAACACCGUGGUGUGGAACGAGAUCCACCACAAGACAGAGAUGACCUCCAACGCCUCGGGCCACGGUUACCCGGACCCCAACUACUUGGACAACGUGCUGGCUGAGCUGGCGGCUCAGGGCGUCACGGAGGACUGCUUGAGGUCCUGAACAGGAUCCCCCAGCCCCGAU